AUAUAUAAAUAUAUGAUUAAUAAUAAUAUUAUAAUUUUAAAUAAAUAUAAUAUUUAUACAAAUAUUUUUUAUACUUUUAAAAGAAAAAUAAUUAUAUUAAAUAAAAUAUUAAAUAAUAAUAAAUUAUUUAAUUUUUUUUAUAUUUUAUUAUUUUUAAUAAAUUUUAAUAAAAAAAAAUAUAAUAAUUUUUUAAGUAAAUUUAAUAGUUCUUUUAGUUCAAAAAAAAUUAGAUCUCAAAAAUCUUCAGGAAAAUCACGUAUAAAAACAAAAAGUACUAAUAUAUUUGUUGGUGGUUAUUAUUGUUUUGGUUUUAGAGAAUUUAAUUUUAAAUUUUAUAAUAAUAUUUAUAAUAAGUAUAUUAGUUAUUUUUUUAAUUUUUUAAAUAUAAAUAAAAGAUCAUUAAUAAAUUAUGUAGAUUAUUAUUAUUUAAAAUUGAUUUUUAGUUUAUUUUUAUUUAAUAAUAAUUAUAAUUAUUAUUAUUAUUUAUUAUAUUUUAAUAAAUUUUAUAAAAAUAAAUAUAGUUUUAAUUUUAUAAAUAAUAGUAAAUCUAUAUAUUUAUGUAUAAAAAAUUUAAAAAUAUAUAAUAAUAUAAUAUUUUUUUAA